AUGGGAAGACAAAACGCAGGUUCUCGGGCGAGCAACAGCAAGCAGCGUGCAAAUGCUGCGGCUUCUGCUGCUGCUGCUGCUGCUGCGCAGCAAGCUGCGUCUGGUGCCGCUUCUAGCACUGCUGCGUCACAGCAGCAGCAGGAGCAGCAGCAAGAGCCGCAGCAGGAGCAGCCAGCAGCCCUGUACGGAAUAUCAGCAGCAGCAGCAUCAGUGGGCAGCAGCGAGUCAGAGGCCGCCACGACAGCUCAGACAGGGAACGCCUCUCCAGCAGAUGAAGCAGCAGCAACAGCGCAGCCGCAACAACAGCAGCGCCAGCAGCACCGACAGCAGCAACGGCAACAGCAGCGGCAGCAGCAGCAGCAGCAGCAGCAGCAGCAGCAGCAGCAGUGCCAGCGGGUGAACGGGCGGAGGACAGAGGCUCUUGACGCCUCGGAAGAUGCCGCCCUAGCGCCAUUCAUGAACUCAGCGAAUGGGGUAGACAGGGCAGCAGCAGCAGGAACCACAGGAGCAGCGUCGACACCAGCAGCAGCAGCAGCAGCAGCAGCAGCAGUAGCAGCAAUUGCUGCUGCUUCUGCUACUGCUGACGAGCCGGCCAGGGCUGGUCUUCGAGAGCGGCUGAGCUGUGCUGUGUCUGGGGCGCGAACCGGACUGGGUUUGUCUUCUCUGUGCAGCAGCAGGCUGCUGCAGCAGCAGCUGCAGCUGCAACAGCAGCAACAGCUGCAGUUGCAGCAGCAGCAACAGCACGACGAGGAGGCGGAGUUGCUGCUGCUGCAGCAGCAGCAGGAGGAAGAGGAGCAGCAGGAGCUGGAAGCUCUGGAGUUGCAGCAGCAGCAGCAGCAAGCUCGCACUCCCUCCAUCAGCAGCGACGGUGAUGUCUUCGAUUCCUUUACGCUGCUGCACACAGAUGAAAGCCACACGCUGUCUCACUGUGCUGCAGCAGCAGCAACAGCAGCAGUGGCAGGGCCUUGCCAACCCUCGAAGCCGCGCCGCUGCAACCGCCUGGACUGUCCCCAUCUCGCUCACGGCUCCGCUGCAGCAGCUGCUGCUGCUGUUGCUGCUGCAGCAACGACAGCAGGGCUUGCCUGUGUUGGCAACCGCAGCACAUCUGCUGCAGAGACGUUCGGAGACCCCACAGACGCGGUGCUGCUGCCGGAGGAGGCCUCUAUAGGUUUGUCUCGGGCUCGUGGGCGUGCAGUGUGUUGCUGCUGCAGCACGGGCGGGGCUCUAAGCAGCAGCAGCAGCAGUAGCAGCAGCAGCAGCAGUAACAACAGCAGCAGUUUCAAUAUGGGGACUCCCGGUGCGCAGCAGGUGCUGUGUGCAGAAUGCUGCUGCUGCUGCUGCGGUGAUGUGCUGAAGCAGUUGCUGCAGUCUUCCUUCUGGGGUGGCAUUUGUGCUGCUGAGCGGAUGCGUCGGCGUAUAGAGCUGCGGGUGACGGAGGCGGUGACCAGCAGCAGCAGCAACAGCAACAGCAGCGCCAGCGGCUUCUUGGUGGGCCCCUCGCUUUGGUCUCGUGCAUCUUUAUAUGCUGUCACGGGGACUGUAGAAGGCAUGGGGCCGUUUGCUGUGCGGCGAAGACACUGCGACUUUCAGUGGCUGCAGCAGCAACUGCAGCAGCUGCUGCCGGGUGUAUUCAUUCCCCCGCUGCCGAAGAAGCAGGGUUUAAGAACAGCAGGAGCAACAGCAAGUAAUUCGCCCUCCUCGAAUUCGCCGCAGCAGUCUUCAUGGGGUUCUGAACCCCGUUCACCAGCUACAACAGCAGCAGGAGCAGCAACAGCAGCAGCAGCUGCUGCUGUUGCUGACGCUGGCCCACGGAUGGCUGCUAGCAAAGCCCUGGUGUCUGACCACCUGCAGUUUCUCUCGCUUCUGCAGCGACACCUCCGGCGCAUAUGCAAGCUGCAGCAGGAGCAGCAAGUCAGCAUGGAGGCCCUACAAGCCGCUCUAUUAGACCAUAGACUCGCUGACCCUCUGCAGCAGCUCAUCCAGCCCUUGGUGCAGCAGCAGCAGCAGCAACAACAACAGCAGGAGCAACAGCAACAGCAACAGCAACAGCAGCAGCAACAGCAGCAACAGCAACAGCACCCAAACACCAAUACCAGUGCGGCUUCUACUGCAACACGUGGCCUUGCAGCAAAGCAGCAGCAGCAACAGCAACAGAAGGAAAACGGUGGGAGCGGAUCACCGUCUAGUCGCAAGCAGCAGCAGCAGCAGCAGCAGUCCGUGGAUGCGGCGGUUUCAGGGAGUACAUCCGCGGCCCCCGCUAACCCGGGGAGGCAGCAGCAGCAGCAACAACAGCAGCAGCAACAGCAGCAGCAGCAGCAGAACUUGUUGCUGCAGGGGUUUCGAAUAUCGGGGAGCGAGGCGCUGCAGGAUUUGUCUUCUGUGUUGUUUUUUUGUGGUAUGUUGUGUCAGCGGCAGUCGCAGCAGCAGCACCUAGAUGUGCUGCUUGCUGCAGUGAACCGAGGGAUAGAGGACAGCGAGUGUAUGCUGAAUGCGUUUAACUACGUCGAGCAGCUGCAGCAGCAGCAGCAGCAGCUAGCAGCAGCAACAGCAAAACUUCAGGUGGAGCUCGCAGCACUGCGGCGGUCUCCCCGUGGGUGUUGGUUGCAAACACAUUUACGAUGGAAGGACAAGGCAGCGCAGGUUGGGGAGCAGCAGCAACGACUGCAGCAGCAGAAGAUGCUGCUGCAGCCGCUGCAGCAGCAGGUUGCACUUGCGCAGCAAGUGCUUGUAUAUGUAGAAACACCUGCGUGGGCGGCCAUGAGGUCAGAGGCCCUAGGCGCUGCUGUCUAUGGGUUCUUAACAGCUAGGCAUUCGUUAGAGAGACGCAGCGAGGCGCUGUGGGAGGCCUUCUGCUCUCAUGCAGCUCGGUUCCACUGUCAGCAGCAGCAACUGCAACACGCGCUGCAGCAGCCGCUGCAGCAACCGCAGCAGCAACCGCAGCAGCAGAACCGGCAACAAACGCUGCAGCAAACGCUGCAGCAACACAACAAACAGCAGACAGAUAACGCCGCACGCAAAACCUGA